AUGCCAAACAACCUUGGCAAAGAACACAGCCAUUUCAAACAGGGCCCGGUGACUCCUGCGUCGAAAACAAAGGGAACUCAUCAUCAUGUUCCGAGAAUCCAUGCUCCUCAGCCAUACCCUUCAAAGCCUCAUAAACCUGAUACAUGGACCACCUGUCCUUGGGCCUCGACACCACACAAUUACACGCAAUCCUCAAAAACCGCACAAUCUCCUCAUCGUGACCCAUCCCCAACAGCCGCCUAUCAAUACCCAUCCACCUUACUCACAUCCAGGGGCUUCAGCCCAGUCGCCAGCUCAAGAAGCACGACCCCAAAACUUGACGCAACCAUCGUGCUAGAAUACUCGGGCGGAACGUACCCGACCUCCCCCAAGUCCCCACAGCGAAAGCUACUCUCCUUAGAAUCAAAAGACGUGAUUAGCCUAGCCAGGCCAAAGUCCAUUAUUCUUGGAUCAAAGUCCUCAUCAAGCAAAACCAUAUUGGAACUUAUGUUUUGGUGCAUGAUCGGGGGCUGGCAGCCGUGGUGA